CACAGGUACAGAACGUGUAACGCGUCGGUCGAGAGUCAUGGCGCAGCUUUGUCUCGUGAGCCGUCAGUUUGCUUUGUGCGUGUAACAACAGUGCAUACCUUUAUAACAAAAUAUGAAUUACUUGAAACAUCUGCAAAAUCCCGGCUGAAAAUCUCCAGCUCUUGAAAGCAUUAGUCACAACAGAGAUUAACUUCAAGGGAAAAUAUAUAUGAAGCUCUAUACUAUGAUGGAAACCAGCUUAAGCUUUAUUGAUUGAGAAGCUUUUAUCCCGUGAACUGUACGAACAAAAAAAGCUGCCAUCUCCACACCCUGCGUUCACUUGGGCAAAGUGCACCGGGCGUUGGGCGGCAAAACCAAGUAAACCGUCGACCUGACAACGCAACUGAGAGUAAAAGCAGCUCCUCCUCCAGUAACCAUGGCAACGGAGGCGGACCAGAGGCGGGGCCUGGAAGUGAGCCUUGGAGUGGCACUCAAGACCUGGGGAAGAAAGGCUUUGCUGCUGCUCUAUGAGGACAAGUUUUCAAAAACGCAUCCAGGCAAGUUCCCUUAUGACAUCCUGAAGCUGAAGUCCAAGACGAGAUUUAUCCUGAAGCAGAACAAGGCCCAGGCCGAUGCCAUCCAAAAGAACGAAGUCGACAGGUUCGACAUCAGCGCCCUCUAUCUGCUGCUCCGUUAUGCGUGCGGCUUCUCCAGCGGAACCACUCGCUGGAAAAACCUGGAGACGCUGGAAGGCAACAUUGAGAAGAUAAAGGAUCUGCGUAACACGGAGGCCCACUGGACGGAGGAAGUUUACUCUAAGGUGGAUCUGGAAGAGAAAUGGAUCGAGUUUGUGAAAGCUGUAAAGUUCGUUCUGGUGCAUGGAGGUCUCAAGAAGUGGUUGCCCAUCUUCAAGGAUAAUUUGCAGCUGAUAAAGCAAGGAGAAGUCUACGACGGGAAGAAAGUUAUGUUGCAAAAGGCCCUUCAAAGUGAACUUCGAGAACUGUACAGAAGCGGUCGGAAAACAACGCUCAUGCCCCUUGUGUGGGCUGGGCGGUCCUUUCGAUUCAAACACGAUGCCCUCCAAGCUUACAUUACCACCAAGUUCUCCUUCAGCCAAGAUAGGCUUGAGACCUUUAUUGAAACCAAUGGCUUGCUGGAAAAUAGAGGAACCCAUCAAGUUAUGGUGCUGCAGGGCGAGUCUGGCACCGGCAAGACGUCACUCCUCCGUUACUUUGCCUCUGUGUGGAAAAGGGAGCAGCCAUGCCCUGUAUCCACACUUAAUAACAUUGACUAUCUUGUGUUCCUGGAUUGCAAUGCCGUAUCUGGCAGAACCUUCACAAUUAGUGAUAUCAUCAGAGAGAUUUUCCCAGUGACAUGCUCCUCCACAAAUAUCGGUUCAAUUGUGGAUAUUUUAAAGGCAGCGACAGGCAGUGUAAUGUUUCUGAUUGAUUCCUUUGACGAGAGACUGGGGGCCUUUCAAGAGCGUUUCAAAGACCUGCAGGGAUUAUUUCCUAAAGCUAUAUUUUUGGUCACGACACGGCCACAUUUGACCCCUGCCAUCUGCAACUUGUGCCAGGAUACCCCACUAGUUUUCACAGCACGCGGAUUUAAUUGGUUCAGCGCGAGAACCUGUGUCAGUAAGCUACUUGCUGUAGAAAAUAAAUCAGAGAACCCAGAGGAGCUCCUCAAAAUACUAUCACCACACCAAGAACUUGUAAAAAUCCCUCAGCUUUUGUGUUGGUGUACAUGGCUGUGGCUAGAAGAGGGAAACGCCAUUUUUUCAACGCGUGGAAAAAUAUUUUAUAAUUUGACAGAUUUCAUGAUAAGAAAAUUAUGCCACAUUAGUGAUAUCAGAAAUUUUGCAGGAGAACUACCAAAAGAAGGUCAACAAUGGUUAAGUGUAGUGGCUGAAUGUGCUUAUAACCAGGCGAAAAAAGGGCUGGGUUCACUGAGCAAGACCAGUGACGAAAUUACACUCUUGGAGAUUAAAGCAAAGAACCUUAAGCUCAGGCCUCUUGAAGCUCUCUCAAGUCUUAUGCAGUGUGACAGCUUUAUGUCGGCACAAGGAGAACAUAUAAGUUUCCAGUUUAUACACAACUCCCACGCAAACUUUCUCAUAGCGUACCAUGUUGUCGAACGCCUGAGAAAUGACGAAAUCACAAUCACCGGUCUCUUAAAGGACUUGCAAAUGGACCAGAAGACCAUCUUAACAUUUGUGGUUAGUAUUCUCUUUCAAAACAAAGAAAAACCAGAUGGAUAUCACAGAAUUCAAGAAAUUGCCUCUCUGAGUAGAGUGCAUGUCAAGUUCUAUGAUAUAAACUUCUUUUUGGAUCUUAUAGAGGAAAGCCAAUACAACAAGAGGCUUGCACAGGAACUAGCACGAUAUAUGCCCAUUGCUGACACAGAGCCCUCGCCACAGAUAGGCCGAGGAAGAGUAGAUCACCUGAAUUCUCACUACUUGUGGAUAAGGAAGAAGGAAAUAGAACGAAGUGAAGCUAUGUGCAUGUUGCUCUCAUUCUCAACUCCCUCUCGACUGUGGCUGCGUCUGUCGGAUGGCAUACUGGCUGGGGAUGUCACAUGUGGUUCAAAAAUACAGUGUGAUGUUGAAGCUGCAAUGAAGUUGAUCAGGAAUUCUUACAAGGACAAGCCUCUUUGUGAGCUGAAGUUAAGUGACUUUACAGUGAGCUGUCCCCUUGUCUGGCCACAAAACCUGUGGUGGCUGUCCAUAUAUCGCUGCAAGAUUGAGACAGAUCUCGGCCUACAGGAAGGUCUCUUGAAACUAAGUAUGAGCGAGUGUACGAACUUAGGACGCUUUAGCAUUCCCUCUACUGUGAAGUCGCUAAAACUACAUGAAAUGGAUGUCGACAACCCCGUCCUUCCCCCUGGCCUUGAAACCCUCGUGGUAGAAUCCUGCCAGGUUAUCAGGCACCCGGCCGUGUCUCCUAGGCUUAAGAAACAUAGAUUCGUAGACUGCACAUUUUGGGAAGACAUUGAACUCUACCUUGCUAUGAUGAAUUCGCUUUCAUGCUCUGACGAAGCUGAGUUUGCUGCUGGCUUUUAACCGUAAACACACGAGUGGGAUGCUUACAGACGUUUUUAUCAAUAGGGUUAAUUGAAAUAUGAAAGUGACUGAACUUUUUUUGAAAAUGUUAUUAUAUACGAAUUAUGUGCUACUUAAUGCAGGGAUGUACAAUAUAUAUCAAACAAACGCACACACACGUGAAAGCAUAUUACUUUUUCUAUGUGUAUGUGUGUUUUGAAAGAGGAUUUUUAAAUGUUUGUAUAGUGGUGCAAAGGGUAUCUCCGUAGUUGUGAGUUUAGUUUUUAGGUUAUUUUUUCGCAUAAAAUGGAGUUCAAAAGAUGACAAGCAUGUUCAAACAAGUACAACGAUGAAAAUGCUGGUAAUAAGAUAUGUUUUUGUUUGAAUAAAUAUUAUUCGAGUAACAAUGAAUUACAUGGUAAAGGUUAUGUGUAAGUAGAUGUAAGUGCUUAUAUAUUUGAUAGAAUUAAUAUUUGUUUAUUAGUGAUUAGAAAUUAUGUUUAGUAUAAGUAAUUAGGUAAACAAUAUGAUCAAAUGAUAUAUUAGUAAUGACAUAUAAUGAAAUUGUAUAUUAUUAAGUCACUUAAUAUAAUUAGAUAAACGUAUCCAGUAAAGGAUGAAGUGUAAUAAAGUAUGGGUGUUUAAGUAGGUGAUACAAUUUUAUUGUUGAUAAAAUAAACGACAUUAGCAAUGAAUUUUGCAAUAUCACGUUAUUCGAUAUUACGAAGUGAUAUAGAAUUACAUAUAAUUUAUCGAAGAGAGGCUCUAAAGUUUAAAAUUUCAUAACAUCCGCGAGAUAUUGGGGUCUUCUGGACUUCUCUUAAGCGUCGGUUACACGGCGCUCAUUUUACUCGCUUUGGACAAGCUUCUUAAUUCGCUGGUGAAAGCGUCUAAAGACAAGGUGAUUUUUAUUCGCUAUCGACUAAAAUCAUGAAUUCGCAGCGUCUGUUUGACACAGCGAUGAAGUUCAAAUUGUUCAACUUUACCACUCGUGUCUAGCGUUUCAACACCGAGUAGAUGACUCUUCCAGACGCCGACGGCAGUGUGUGGGGGAGUAUGUACUUCGGUGCUGCGUGCACUGUCCAGUUUUCUUUUGAUUGUCUUCAUUUGUUUUCGCGUGUCAGCCUCAAUACUCUAGGGUAUGUAGUUGGGUCGUCCAGUGCCAGUUCCUUCAGAUUAUCUGAGGCACCCAGAGCCUGCCUAUCCACUUUCCUAACCACACACUUCUUUUUCUUGGCAGUCUUCUCAUAACGGAAUCACGCAUUCUAGCUUGGAGCUCCCUUGCUCAAGGUGCAACAGCGGCUCGCAGCACAUCCUCCCCCGACGCCAUG